AAGAGGUGGUACUGUAAGGGACUUUCCCCAAACAAUACGUCACAAGACUAAGGAUACUUUUCCUUUCAAUUUCUGUGUCUUCACUUGGGACGCAUAUUAUUUGACGAUUUAAUUUCCUUUUGAGCGCACCCUGGUAUACGUUCAGCAAUGCCACGAAGGCUUGAAACUUAGGGACUAAAGAUAGACAGUCUCGAAAGUGGAGGUGAACAGUUUCAUUAAUUUUUGGCAAGCACGUAUGCUCCCAUGCACCAUAACAGGACUAAGAAAGUCGUGUCAGCACGUUGCUUUUGUUGAACACUAGUGGUGAUCGAUGGCUGGGUUUGGAUAUACUAAUCUAGAGCAGCAAUUUGAAGACAUUGAGGAUGUUCUUAGCGAGGACCUUGGUACAGUUGUAUUAGUCAUACACUUCUUGUUAUACGUAUAAUUGAACAUGUAAUAAUACUGUAUUUGAUGACUGUUUCCUUUAUCAUGAAGAGCGUUGUUUUCAGUUUCUUUAACUUUUUAUAUAGUUUUUUUUCUUUUCUUUUUUGUUUGCUCUUUUUUUUCCAACACAACAGGCUUAAUUUAGCUUUUUAAAUGCGUCAGCCUCUAUUUGCCAGUUUUUAAAUACACUCGCACGUAGUUUUUAAUUAACCGAAUUCUAGCUGCUUACAAUCACAUCAAAAAUAAACAGUCAAAACGAAAGUAAUAAUAUCUGUUCCGGGUUGGUGAUUUAAGGUAUUUUCCCGAAAAACAUCAAUUAAUUAUUGCAAACACUGCGUUCACAUCUCACACACUGUACUUUAUGAGGGCUGUUUCUAUUUGUGGAGGAACAUUUACAUUUUGUAGAAUAUAUUUACAGCUGAUUAUUGAUACAUGUACUCAUACAUGAAUUCACUUUACCUUGAGACGUUACAGUCAAUCAAUAUAAUGUUUUUUGUAAAAGUUAAUUUAUUUAGGUUACCUUUCUUUAUUCAAAUUGGGGUCCUUAACCAGAUUUUGACAAAGGGAGUUUUAUUGAGUGAAAAAUCCACUGUAGAAUUAAACUGAGAGUUUGAAAUGUUCAUAACUACAUGAUAUUUGUCAACGACAGCAAUAAUAGUGAUUUUUAAGAUGCUAAAUAAUCAGGGACCUAAUAGCCAUUUCCAUUAUCCAGGGCCACCACAAAUUCACAUUCAGUUAGAUGACCUGAAAGAUGUCUAUGACAAAGUCCAAAUUAAGAAAUCACCAUGUUCUGAACAGCGUAUUGCCAAAGGAAAAGUUAAUGGAGUUGCAUGGACAGAGGGCCAAAUAAAAAGUAUUAGGGCAUUUGUUGAGCGUACUCCUGAGGCAGCAGGAAAAGUUAGUGACAGAAUUCAUGUUGGUAAGUAGAUUUCAGAAAGUGAUUCACCAGACACAUGAAGCAGACUGCACUACAGAAUACACAGUUUUGAAAAUGUUAAGGUGGCUCUCCAAAAUCAUAACAUUGCCACCUUUUUUAAUCAGUUUGAUAUUUUAACACAGAGAGUUGUCUCAUUAUUAAUGAAGACAAUAUUUUUUAUGGCAAGUGACCAUACACCACAGUAACUAGCUAAAAGCUUUACAAAUAACAGGAGUGACCACCAUUAUUUAUUACCACUGCAGUAUUUUACAAUCCAUGCAGUUUACAGAGGCAGCUAUAAGCUGACACAUCAAUUGAAUUCACCCAUUUUAAUCCCGCAUCUAACAAAUAAGCAAGAGGGUGGUGGAGUCUAAAAUUGAUAAUUCAUAAACUUUUAAGUGCUAUGGGAAAGUAAAUCUGAAAAUGUAGCUACUGUACACUGUAUACAUAUACAUAUCAGGGGUUUCAAUAAGCACUGACGAAACGCGUUGGCUACAUUGCUCAGAGAAGUCGGCGCUACUUUUUCCCUCAAAGAAGAAGCGAGUAGUUUGAAUUGUGUCAUGGACAAAAACAGAAUCUGUUCACGUUGAAAUGUAUGUAACUUAGUAUAAUUAUCAUUUGUUCAUUGCUUUCAGGAGUUAAUUGUGUGGCCAAUAAAUCAAAAUUUGACUACAUGUACAACCCAAAUCUUCCUGAAUGGAAAACUCACUCUUUUAUACUCAUUUCAGUCCCCUAAACGCUGAAAAUCUCUUAUAAGGGCUUUGCAAUUUUAACAUAUUCUGAGGGAGAAUGCCCCCAGACACCCCUUGAAAAUGUGGACUGUUGAAACAGUUGGUUACUCUAUUCAAAUCUGCUAGUUACUUCAAUUUUUAUUGAAACCCCUGCAUAUACAGCGGUAUAUAAAAAAAGAUGAAGGAAAUUUAUUCAAAACAAUACAGUACAAGCCCUGUGAUCACAAGGGAGGUACUUGCAUAAAGGUAGACUCCAACUGUACCCUCUCAUAAAAGUUCCAUUUUUCACAAAGAGGGUACAGCUUUCCUGAAAAUGUACACAUAUUUAAGAACACUGCAUACCUUUUCUAAACCCUUCCUUGGAUUGAAGUUUAUAAAUGAUUUUACAAGACAACAUAACAAAACCAUAGAUUGUUGGUGUUCUAAAUAUUUUAAUUAAAGGCCCUUUUAAAUGCUUAAGUGUCACAUUUCCCUCCCAUAGAUAUUUCACACCUCAACUACAGAAAUCCCUAACUUCAAGUCUGAAAAGGGCACAUGACCCACCACCUUCACCCCCUCCUUCCCCGGGCCUGUUUCUGUAGCCCUAAAAAAUUCAGUCUGCAUUUGAAAAUUUUAUUCCAACAGGUCCCACAGAGCUUCAAGUCAGCUAUGAGAAAUAUGAAGCUAAUGCAGUUCAUUUCUCAGUUGAUCUGGACUCUGUAUACAAAACACCAACAGACGAACUGGUUUACUCACUGGACAAAGUUGAGGUGGAAGAAAGGAACAGAUGGCAGAUUGCUAUCACUGUGGAACUUAUUGAUGGUUUUGUGGGAAGAUUCAUUUCAAACGGAUUUCGCAUUAGAACAAGACCAAAGGCACCCAAACCAGACGCCCCUGGUACAGGUAAAGUGUUUUCCAAUGAAGAACCAUGAACUAUGUCUAACAUUUCUGCAGAGCUGUACAAUUAAUUGUUUCCUUAUUUUAUUGAUAAUAGAAGUCAUGAGAAGCUCAUUGUUCAGGUUGUGUAGUGCAUGAAUAAUGAAUUAACAUAAAAAUAACAUGGUUUCAUUUUGCAGUCCAUGUAUUGGAGCAAGAAUAACAACUUAAAGUUAAAUAGCGCUUCGUUAUUCACAAUGAACUGAUCGAUGAAAAUGUUUUGUUUUUAUAAUGCAUUAUCAGUAGUUAAACUUGAUAAUCAAUUUAUUACACAAUUGUAUUAGCAUUUAAUGCUCUGAUAAAUUUUAGAAGAGCAUUUAAGACUCAAGAUACAUAUUAUUUUUAACAUUAUACUAAAAUAACUACAAUUUUUUGUUAGCACCAGACGAAGUUCCAACAAAUUCAAAUAAGAGGAGAAGAAAUGAAUCAGGUAGGUUGUAGUUAAUUUUUUAUAGAUAGCAGAUAGAGGCUGAUAGGCAUAAUGGAUGGUUCUGUCAUGCACAUGUUUUACAAUGAAUUUAUAUAUAUUAUAUAAAAUUUAUAUUUUCAACUAACUCCUAUGCUUUUAGUUUGAGAUUUUCAUGUAUGUGUAUGGCGAGGAACUAUAAUAAUUUAUUACUUAACGGCAGUUUUUUUGUGUGUAUAGGUUUUUAUAAGAUUUUAAUAAAGUUAUGAUUGCUUUAUUUAUUAUUGUUAUUCAACUUACAUACCGGCUUAGUUAUUGUUGGUUACAACUGCAGGUACAACUGUAAAUGAUUACUAGUUAUGUUGGGGAUGAAUCAAAUAGUGUACUGUACACCAAUAAAUUUAUGUUGUAAAUCUUACCUCUAAUGUAAAGAUCAAGGAAAUGUAAAUUGUUAUCCCCACAUACUAGCAGGAUAAUAUUAUAGCAUUAAAACCUUUAAGGCAAGGGGAGGGCUCCUUCAUUGUACAAAAGGGAUUUUCUACAAAGGUAGGUGCGGAUUUAAAGUAGAAAAGGAAACAAUUGGAGACGUACAACAAAACAUUAGGUUAAGGAAGCAUUCCGGUUUGGAUAAGGCUAAAGUGUAUUGUGCUCAGUUGGUGAAUGGGCACUAGGACAGUGCCUAUGGAACAGCACAAAAUGGUGCUGUGUACACACACCAUCACCAUCAGAGUCCAUUUUUAAAAGGGAAGCUUAACAGGUACAGCUAUAAUUCUGGCUAUGCAGUAGAUUGUGGACAAAGUGAACUGCUACUAUUAGAAAAUAACAUGCCCAUAAAAGGACUUUGGUAUUGCAGUUCUGGAGUGGUUAGUUCUCUGCAGUGAUGGGUCAUGAGUUUACAGUACACAAAUACUUUUAGGGAAGGCAUGUAAGGUUAUGGCAUGUUAAUAGUACAAUAUACAUAGUACCCGUAUUCUUAUAGCUGCAUGUAAUCUAAGUGUAUUGACAUUUAUUCAUAUCUACACUUACCAUUUCCUUGGAUUGAUUGACAGAUUAUUGAUCUCUGUAGGUUCUUGUCAUUCUGACUAUUCUUCAGGUGUAAAUUCAAGUCCUCAAAAUAAUCCUGGGGGCUCGCCGCAUUCAGGUACAUUUUAAAUUUAUCCAAAACGUUGUCUCAAUAUCCAACGGUUUGUUGCUUGGUCAUCUGAUCAGUUUUCUUUUGUGCUUUUCAGUAGGUACAUGUACAACUGUGGGUGACAGCCCUCCUGGGGUACAAACCUCGAAUGCUGAAAAGGGUAAGUUGACUCUUUUGAUUAUACACUGUAUUAUCAUUUCAAUGUACCCUUCACUUAAAAUAAUGUAUUAACAUUUUAAUAUUUAUUCAGCCAUUUCCCCAAUGGUCAAGAAGACCAAAAUUCAACAAGGAAACACACCCUACCACAUUCCACAGUUAUGACCAAUACAGUACUGUAAGCACGGCAAUUAAGCCGUCCACAUGCAACACUUAGGUUAAGUCGUACAUGUAUUAAUAUUAAAAAUAAAAACUUUACAAAUGUAGGUCUUUGCCACGUGUUACUCUGGUUUUUACCCUGCUUGCUACUGUAAAAAAUUGUCAUAACAUAAGAAACUGGCCAUCAGAUAACCUGGAGAUUGGUACUGUGUGCUUCCAUACUACUACAGAGACAUAGAGUUAUAGUAACAGAGGAUGUAUCUCAGCAAAAUUUAUUCUUUUUUCAUGCACAGUUUUCUAAUGAAAAAAGGUAGAAGAUCAAAAGGAAUCAUUUAUAAGCUUACAUUAUCACGUGUUGAAAAUUUUGUGAAAAGCUCUAUAACUAGUGUGUAAAUAUCCCACAGUGAAAAAUCGUAGUUGCGUCGGUUAAAUUAAUAUUGCCCGAGUUCUUUUGUGCUCAAAUGGGACCUUAACAAGAGGUUUGAAAUACAAGUGACUGUUUUGACCCUCGGUGAAAGUAAAAGAACAGCAGGAAUCUUAGUUGGGGACGUUGGGACGUAGGUUACAACACAUGACUCAAAUGAAUAUUCUCGUAUGAAUCUCGACGCUGGUUGUUAACCCCAUUAUGCAUUUUUGUCUUUCAUCUAAGCGUUUAGAAAGACUGGAAAAACUCGCUAAAAAUAAAGAAGUAUUAAAAAAAACAUACCGAAGCUAUAACUGCAGGGUUGCGAAUAAAUGAGCUCCUUCAAUGGCGGACUGUCUGUCUUAGCUUAUUCACUGGACUUCGGCUUACCGGCUCUCAUUGCAUGAAAAUAUUUGCCUCUCACCUUUUACUUGACUGUUUCCUUCGACAACUGGGUAGGAGUGAAUAUUUUCGGGCGUUAAAAUACUUUCAUGCUUUAAAUUUUAGUACUCAAACCAAAACAACAUAGUACUCUUUGCAUUAAUCGUGGAGCGAACAGCCGCGUCUCGUAUUUCGCGCCGUAAUCCGCGCCGUAAGGUUCGCGCCUUUUUACUCGUUACCAGGUUGCACUCUGUACUAUAUGAUCACGUGAACACGAGAAGGAUUGGAACGAUUGGAGCGGAGCUUACAGUUAAAGCUUACAGUGCGCCUGGGGGGCUACUUCCCUAUAAAAGUGACGGAGGUGCUAGUCGAACCUUUGAAGGUGCUAAACGGGAAGAUGACUACUGUCAGAGUUGAUACGCUUUAUUAGAAUAAAGAUUUAUGACAAUAAUUUCAAAAAGUCCUCGAGAAGAAAGUGUUCGAAAGUUAUCUUGAUUACUAUCAAAAUUUGCAGUGCCAGUUAUAUAAUUUGUUGUUGUUGACUUAGUACCUAGCUCUUAGGGGUAUAGGGGUGGAAAUGAAUUUGGGACGUGCCCAUACACCAAGAUUCUGGUACCUUUUUGGGUGUUCUCGAAAUUUUCCGACAAGCACCCCCGUCACUUUUAUGGUGAAUACUAACAAUAAGUUGUAUUGCCUCAGUUUUAACAGACCACCUGGAGGCACAACGAGCUCGCAUCGAAGAUCUAAGGGUGGUUAAGAUGGUGACAACUGGUAAUGCGGACAUUGCUUAUCAUCUGAACCUUACAGAAUCUGCUCAAAGAAGACCUGAUUUAGAGGAGGGCGAUGUGAUUGCCUUUGUGACCAAUGCUAAGACUGGUCAAACGGAGAUUGAGAAGCUUACACAGGAAAACACUCAACGCGCUUUGAUGGCGGGAGUCAUCAGCCGGUCUGCUUACUUGUAUGCGCAUGCGCCAAGCCAUGACGUUGAAAAAGGUAAAACGUAGAAGCCUUCCGGUUUUCAUGUAACUUACAGCUGUACAUAAAAUGAUAAAAUAAACAGUAAAAGUGGAUUUCCACUGUCGCAUAAUUUUUCGUGCGUAAAUAAAAUAUAAGUAGUGAUACCAGUGCCGGAUCCAGACCUUGAGAUAAGGGGGGGCGGGUCAUCUACACCCUGAGAUAAGAGGGGGGCACAGUCUUCAAAACAUUUUUUUCGGCCCUACGGGCCUCAGUUUGGUCUAAAAAUGAGGGGGAGGGCCGGGCCCCCUCGGGCCCCUCCCGUAGAUCCGCCAGUGGAUACUUUACGGAAAGCCGCGCGUAAUCGUAAAAUUUGAGCGUGAUUCAACGUCCUUUUACGUUUACGCGCGACCUUUCAUAAAUUGCCUCUUUAGUGUUUUAUAUUUUAUUUACAGCACGCCGUAAAUUUUACGCUCGUACGCACGUAAAUAUUGCGCAGCAGUGGUAAAACACCCUAAAGCACCAAAGAAAUAGUAAAUGCCUACAGUGACGAGUCAAAUAGAAGAAGUCCUUAAAACUGUGUGGAUUUGACAUUUGAAAUCGGUUGAAAUAUAAUUUCUGAUUGGUAAUUGACUUGUUUGAACUUAACAUCGUCAACAAACUGAUGCCAAGAGAGAUCAUUCUCUGUUGCCGAUGAAAAGUAUAAUUUUUAAAUUUUUUUUCAACCUUCUUCGGUUGAGUAUUGCGCCUUUUUAAACCCCCUUGGGGGCACACUGAGUUUAUUAAUAUAAUAAAUCAUUAUUUUAAAUUGAGCUUUUCUAAGGGCCUGUUUACAUGGAGAUGGGGGACCCCAGGUAGGUGAAGUAACCCGCUUGGGUGGGGUAACCCGCCUGGCCAAAUAAUCUUUCAUUUUAAUUUGAUCACGUUUACAUGAGUAGGCGGGGUGACCCGCCACACAUUACCCAACCUACCUGGGGUCCCCAACCUCCAUGUAAAUAGGCCCUAACUUUGGGUCUCAAGAAGAAAUAACUAAGUAAGUUACCAAGUCACUUAUUAUGAGCCAAUCCUGAAUGACAACUGAAAUUUGUAACCCCUGUUCAUCCGGACUCACUUCUCCCCGCACUCGUUUUUCUGAACGUUCAUAAAAGAAGUUUACUUCCGAUGGCUUAACCAUUUCAGGAAGAACGGAAACAGUUUGUGUCAUCGGAAUCGUUAAAGUGAAGGUUCUUGGCACAGUCCAGAAUGGGGAGCGCAUCUAUGUAGCAUUAGACACUCCGGGAGUCGCAGUACCAGAGACUCAGAUCCCGUUACGUCCGAUGGCGGAUCGUUCACCAACGCUUCUUGGCCAAGCGCUGGAGAGUCAGACAAGCUACCGUCUAGAUAGCGUUCACUUGGUGCGAUGCUUUGUAUCGAUAGUUCUGGGUAUUCAGUCGGGACAAAUUACCAACGCCAUCGACAAUCUCCAGGAAAGAAUGCAAGGUUCUUUUCAGGAAGUCAUGAUUAAGGACAGGUCAAGAUGGCUCAAAGGUGAUUAAUAAGGAAUAAAAAACUUAAGGGAGCAGCAAGGAUAGCACAGUUGGCUAGUGCGGCCUUUGGUGCGCGAGGUCCCGAGUCCUAUAGACCUCUUUCAUAUAUCAUACAUAAAUAUGAUAAUUAGUCUUUCUGAACUCGUUUGAAAGAAAGAAAUUCUUUUGUAUUUUGCACAUGCUAACCAGGUCAGAAAGGCUAAAUAUCAUACAUAUAAAAUAACGCAUUAAUAGGCUGCCCUUGUAAAAGAGAUUUAUGCCCGGUGACACCACAUCCUUGUCUCAACUUCUCUCCUUUCUGUGAAGCUGUAACUAACUUCAAAUACCCUUAAAGUCUAUCGACGUAAAAAACAGUUGCUGCAGUUUUCAAAAACAAAAAAAAAGUGGCCGAUCAAGAUGGAAGGGGUCCAGAGGGCCUAAACUUGAAAAACACGGCUUUUUAACCACUAAGUGUGUGUGUGUUCAUAUGAAUAUUUCAAUUUUACUUGUGUUAAAGAUUACUAGAAACACGAGAGUGGCAAAACGAGAGUUUAGUUUGCUGCUUAAGUUUGGAUCCCUUUUAUAAAAAAUUCCUGGGCCCGUCUCUGAAAAAAAACUCCAAAGAAAAGAGCUUCAGCAGUUUUUCAACGAGUGCACAUUUUACCCCAACUGUGAGAAUAUGUUUAUGUUUAUGUUUAUGUUUUCAUUUUUUAAUAUUAUUCAUAUUUUUAUACCUUUUUGAAAUUCAAUUUUAAGUAGUUCAUUUUAACUUUCUGAUUACCGGUUCGGACUUGCUGUUCUGAAUAAACAUCAUCAUUAUUAUUAUUAUCAUCAUCAUCAUCAUUGUCAGCAUAAUCAUCUUCAUUACCAACUUCGUCAUCACUACAAUCAUCAUCACCAUCAUCAUCGUGCACUGAGCAAAUCUCCAUACACCCGAUAAAUCCAGCGAGAAAAAGUCACAAGAAGCUCGAGGGUCAAGCGGAAGGCCACGGAAGAGGGUGAUUCAUACCUCCCAAUUAUCAUGUCAUAUCUUAGAGCAUUAAUUAUACUCUCUUGGUAAGAACUGAUAAUUCUGUCUGCUUUUCAAAGCUGCGUGCGUUGUUUCGUGAAUAUUGGUGUUAUUGAUUUAUUUGUCAGGCGUUGCGUGGAAGUUGGCGUUAGUUCUUGUCUUCGCUGGGAUGUUAGCUGCACUCCUCUACAUAUUUUGUGCUCCUGGCACUAUCUACCAGUAUUGGAAGUGUAAGAAAGGAAGAAUCAAAGGUCAUACAGCUUACUUUGAAUACGUUACCUAUGAUCACCAGGUAAGUGCAAGCUGUUAGCAUACUGCAGUCGAAUCUCUAUGUGCGACCACUUCUCGUAAACGACUACCUUUAUAUGCAUAAGCGACCACUUAUCCAAAUCACCAAAUAUUUCCCAGUCAAAGUCUUACAGCUGGAACCUCUCGUAAACGAGCUCCUCCUCUUAGGCUUCGCCGGCAAAUCCCACACGACUACUACACAAUACCGCCAGCUACGCAGGCUAACCUCCUCUAAGCGACCGUGACCACUUUUGGAGCGCUUUGUAUUGCUUUUAAACCCUUGUAAGCGACCACUGGAUGCAUGGUUUGAUGUCCAUGUCUGCUGUAUCUACAAUGCUGCUCAAAGUCCGAAGAACGUUUAGUGGCAAUAUGGAACUACACAGUGUAUAAUGUAUUGCAUGCAAUAAAUUAUCUUCCCCAAAGUAGACGAGUCCAGACCUCCACUCGGAAGAGUUCCCUGUGGUUAAAAUUUCGUAAGCAGUCUCUUCCCAUAAGCUACUGUUUGGGUAUUUGUUUACGAGAGGUUCAAUGCAUAUGGUGCUGUUACUGAUCAAACGUUACUGCAUGUUUGAUAUAUCGAGGAAACCAUUGUAUUCAUGACUGCGACAGCCUCUGCAACAAACUGUCAUAUGGUACCUGUGUAUAGUCGCCCCCUCUUAUGAAACAAUAAAACAUUUGUUUUAGGUUAUGUACUGUCGUUACCAUAUAUAUAGUGUUGUUACCAUACAUGGGAUUGUAUUGAGUGGACUAGGAUUCCCGGAUGUGCGAGCACAAGGUUGUCAGAUCGGUGUAGUAAGUAUGGCGGGAGAAUAAACGUCGGUUGUUUUUACUCCGGACUCUUUGAUAUAAAGCACCUUUACAGGUUUGAAGGCGGUUGUGCACAAGCUAGUAUCAGCGCUUACUUUCAGAGUGAAUGGUUCGAUUGUCCUUGAUCAAAUAUUUGUGCUUUUUUUGAUUCAGUAUCCUAAAGUUUAUGGACUCGAAUUCACGUGGGAAAAGUUGAUGAAGAAGCUUCAUCUUCAAGGUUAUUGCCAGCCGUAUAAUGCAUCAGGUACAUGCAUAACUAAUUAUUCACGUUCGCUGAAGUGGAACGCAGUCUUAAUUCUAUAUGUCAGAUGUUCUCUCUACGUAUGUACAAGCCAGUAAAAAUCCAGGGUUUUUAUCUCUGCAAUGGGCACUACCGAGUCUAUCUGCCCAGGAGAUUUUGCAAACGUCUAUGCUUAGCCAUUGACUCUCGGCGUGUAACCUCAGAUCCCCUAGGUACUCCCAUAUUGAAGCUGCAUCAGGAUGUGCCAAGGAAAGGGAUGUGGUUUUCGAGGUGUUCAUUCAACUAAAUUCUGUGUCAUCCUGAGCGUUAAAAUAAGAUAUAAAUUUUCAUUUAUAUGACUUAUUCAAUAGGACCCAAGAGCAUGAGUGUCCGGGUUUAAUAACCUUCGUGACACGUACCUAUCCAUAAUUGGCCAGUAUCUCCCUUAGACUUAAUGAAAUUAUGGCAUUUGCUGACAUCUUCAGUCUGAGAAAGCAAGGCAUAAAAUGCCUUCUUGACAAAAGUCAGCGUGUUCGUAUCUAGUUCGUUUAAAUUAGAGGAGAAAUAUUUAUAUUGUUAUUCAUUUAAGAAUAAAAAAAAAUCCAUGAAUUUAGUCAAGGAGGUAUUUUUCAUCUCCUUCUUUUUGAACAUUCCAACAGAUCCCGUAAUUUCACAAAUUCGUGUCAGGCUAUGUUCAAACCAUACCGGAUAGCUUUGCGCAGGCGGCACGACAACUAUACUGGAUAGCUUUUGCGCCGGCGGCACGACAACUAUACCGGAUAGCUUUUGCGCCGGCGGCACGACAACCAUACCGGAUAGCUUUUGCGCAGGCGGCACGACAACUAUACCGGAUAGCUUUUGCGCAGGCGGCACGACAACUAUACCGGAUAGCUUUUGCGCCGGCGGCACGACAACUAUACCGGAUAGCUUUUGCGCCGGCGGCACGACAACUAUACCGGAUAGCUUUUGCGCCGGCGGCACGACAACUAUACCGGAUAGCUUUUGCGCCGGCGGCACGACAACUAUACCGGAUAGCUUUUGCGCCGGCGGCACGACAACUAUACCGGAUAGCUUUUGCGCCGGCGGCACGACAACUAUACCGGAUAGCUUUUGCGCCGGCGGCACGACAACUAUACCGGAUAGCUUUUGCGCCGGCGGCACGACAACUAUACCGGAUAGCUUUUGCGCCGGCGGCACGACAACUAUACCGGAUAGCUUUUGCGCCGGCGGCACGACAACUAUACCGGAUAGCUUUUGCGCCGGCGGCACGACAACUAUACCGGAUAGCUUUUGCGCCGGCGGCGCGACAACUAUACCGGAUAGCUUUUGCGCCGGCGGCGCGACAACUAUACCGGAUAGCUUUUGCGCCGGCGGCGCGACAACUAUACCGGAUAGCUUUUGCGCCGGCGGCGCGACAACUAUACCGGAUAGCUUUUGCGCCGGCGGCGCGACAACUAUACCGGAUAGCUUUUGCGCCGGCGGCGCGACAACUAUACCGGAUAGCUUUUGCGCCGGCGGCGCGACAACUAUACCGGAUAGCUUUUGCGCCGGCGGCGCGACAACUAUACCGGAUAGCUUUUGCGCCGGCGGCGCGACAACUAUACCGGAUAGCUUUUGCGCCGGCGGCGCGACAACUAUACCGGAUAGCUUUUGCGCCGGCGGCGCGACAACUAUACCGGAUAGCUUUUGCGCCGGCGGCGCGACAACUAUACCGGAUAGCUUUUGCGCCGGCGGCGCGACAACUAUACCGGAUAGCUUUUGCGCCGGCGGCGCGACAACUAUACCGGAUAGCUUUUGCGCCGGCGGCGCGACAACUAUACCGGAUAGCUUUUGCGCCGGCGGCGCGACAACUAUACCGGAUAGCUUUUGCGCCGGCGGCGCGACAACUAUACCGGAUAGCUUUUGCGCCGGCGGCGCGACAACUAUACCGGAUAGCUUUUGCGCCGGCGGCGCGACAACUAUACCGGAUAGCUUUUGCGCCGGCGGCGCGACAACUAUACCGGAUAGCUUUUGCGCCGGCGGCGCGACAACUAUACCGGAUAGCUUUUGCGCCGGCGGCGCGACAACUAUACCGGAUAGCUUUUGCGCCGGCGGCGCGACAACUAUACCGGAUAGCUUUUGCGCCGGCGGCGCGACAACUAUACCGGAUAGCUUUUGCGCCGGCGGCGCGACAACUAUACCGGAUAGCUUUUGCGCCGGCGGCGCGACAACUAUACCGGAUAGCUUUUGCGCCGGCGGCGCGACAACUAUACCGGAUAGCUUUUGCGCCGGCGGCGCGACAACUAUACCGGAUAGCUUUUGCGCCGGCGGCGCGACAACUAUACCGGAUAGCUUUUGCGCCGGCGGCGCGACAACUAUACCGGAUAGCUUUUGCGCCGGCGGCGCGACAACUAUACCGGAUAGCUUUUGCGCCGGCGGCGCGACAACUAUACCGGAUAGCUUUUGCGCCGGCGGCGCGACAACUAUACCGGAUAGCUUUUGCGCCGGCGGCGCGACAACUAUACCGGAUAGCUUUUGCGCCGGCGGCGCGACAACUAUACCGGAUAGCUUUUGCGCCGGCGGCGCGACAACUAUACCGGAUAGCUUUUGCGCCGGCGGCGCGACAACUAUACCGGAUAGCUUUUGCGCCGGCGGCGCGACAACUAUACCGGAUAGCUUUUGCGCCGGCGGCGCGACAACUAUACCGGAUAGCUUUUGCGCAGGCGGUACGACAACUAUACCGGAUAGCUUUUGCGUCGGCGGCGCGACAACUAUACCGGAUAGCUUUUGCGCCGGCGGCACGACAACUAUACCGGAUAGCUUUUGCACAGGCGGCACGACAACUAUACCGGAUAGCUUUUGAGCAGUUGGCACGACAACUAUACCGGAUAGCUCUUGCACCGGCGGCACGACAACUAAAGUGAAACCCCUCUAUAACGAAGACCCCGUUAUAACGAAAUACAUCUGAAUGCCUGGCAGAAUUACAUCACGUGGAAACGAACCCCGCUAUAACGAAUUUAUCCCAACGCACAAUUUACCCCGCUGUAGCGAAUAUUUUGUCCGGUCGCUCGCAGUAGUCAGUAAAAACGACAGAUUUGAGGAGAACGAAAUCACAGCUUGCUUUAAUUGAAAUUGUUUUUGAAUUUAAUGUCUUGAUUGCCAGCGCUUCACACUGACAGUUUACAGUGUCAAAUGAAUAAAAAUUACCCCGCUGUAACGAAUAUUUUUGCUGUUAACCAGAUAAUUCGUUAUAACUGGGUGUUCGCUCUAACGAACAAUUUUUUGGGUACCUUGGCACUUCCUUAUAGCGGGGUUCCACUAUAUACCGGAUAGGGAUACUGUUCACACAUUAGAAAGGUGAUUUAGGCGCGAUUUCUGUAACGGAGCGAAGCUCCGCCGCGCCGAUCUUGAAAAUGGAGAGUCACAUAUCACAUAGGUUCCGCGAAGGAGUGAAGAAGUAGGAGCGAGGACUGGAAUCCACUGAGAACUAAGUAAAUAUUUAGGAGUCGGGACUGGGAUCUAGUUCAACAAUUGCUUCGGCAAGAUGUUCGAUGUGUGUGAACGACUUGUCCCAGUUCUGUGCCUUUUCUCUUUUUAACCAGAUAACGUUUCAUGUCGGCACGAAAAGUUAUCCGGUAUAGAGCGUUUUCACUCACGUGGCCAGCAUCUAUGCAAAUUUAUUGGAACAAAAGAAAGGGUUUGCAUAAGAAAAGAGUUCAACUCCCAAAGGAUUAGUUUGGAACACCAACAUGGCCGCCGUUUCAUUGUUUUCGGACACCAAUAUGGCCGCCGUGACGUCAUGUGAAAACACUCUAUGUUGUGAACACAGCCUUAAUUAAUUUGGUCGUACAGUUUACUUCUCAAAAGAUUUGACUUUUCUCUUACUCGGACUUCUCUUUACAGGAAUGCAUUAUUAUCUCAACCUUGCCCGCUGUGCCUACUUUGAACAUAUUGUUUUGGAUCACAAUCCGCAAAUUCGUGGACCAGAGUUGUUCGCAGUGAAUCCGAAUUGCACUGAGGUGUAUUAUGUGGAGUGCGAUAUUCACAAAUGGACGCGGUACAAUUCGGCGCGAAACAUCAAAUGCAAGCCGCCACCAUCCACUUGAAACACCAAAUUCCUCCUCAGAUUUUCUGUUUGUAGCCAAGGAGAAUCUGGAACGCGAUCAUUAGCUUCAUAGCCAUUGGUUAACGUUAAACUUCGUGCUAUAUAACAAGUUAUUGCGUGUGUUAAGUAAGAGAACGAAAAGAUAGGAAUGUCUCCAUGAGGAGAGAAUUCUAUAAGAUUCCAUAAGAACUCUCUUUCAUAAAACGUAACUUGAUAGAGGUUUAAGCCCCACAGGCAAAUUACGAUUCUGGGGAAGGGAACACAUGCAGUAUGAGAGAGGAGGGGAUGCCGUUUUGUCUCGUCGCUUAGGGAUGAAAAUGGCAGAUUUUGGUCUCAGUAAGAGUAUUCAGGACGGAGAGACAAUAUUAACGGUAUAUAUAUCCAUACACUCAUGUAUCGCUUACGAUCGUCCCUAAACAUAUCUAUCUAAAAUAUAAACUCCGUCUUACUAUCUGUGUUUAAAAGAGCAUUCGAAGCCAACAUCUUAAGCGCAAUUAAAAUCAAUUGGUUGUCAUGGUGUCCUCUUCGGGUCUGAGCCGCGCACACCGAUUGUUCCCCUUUAGGAGGUUUAAUUUAAUGUUCCGACAAGCAUCCCCGGCCCUCCUGGGUCCCGGGUCCCCCCACCUCCCGUGACUGCGAGUCAUGAGUUUGCAAUGAUCACCCUCUGGAUUAGGCUCGAUUACCAGCCGCUGUUCGGGAAAAUGAGCCCGCACUCAUCCCCCGAAAGUCUCUCUUCGGGGAGGAUCAAAGACCGGACCCGGGAGAAGGCGGAAACCGAGCCUACCUCUGGAUCACCCUUAAUUGGUAUCGUAGUAAGAAACAAAAGGUUGUGAGCUAAUUUAAAGCAUAUAGAAGCUCUAAGCGUUACACGUAUGAUUUUUUUAAAUUCAGAUUUACACCUGAAAAGGUGAUUAUAUUCUGAUUCAGAAACAAUUCUGAUCUUUUCGAUGAGUGACCAGCUUGUUAAGUCGCUUGCACCGUAAAGGGAUUCAAAGUUCUCGCUCAUGGGAUUAAACGAGAAACAUUGUUAACCAUACCCCUAGGGGAGUAGAUCAAGUAUCUCCUUCAUGUCUCUUCCAGAGGAGAGUCAUUAUUGGAGGAGCUCAAGCUGAAGCCACCUCUUAGGUCUCUUAAAAAUUUUAAAGAGACUAAAAUAGCACCGCAGUUUUUAUAAGUAAACACAAAACUGCGUUGUUUUCCAGCUCUUGUCGACCAGCUUGCGAGCAAGCUCUCUCUCGGUAUCCGAGUCGAGCAUCGCCAAAAGAACCUCUACCGUCAUUGACGUAUCUAUGGGAUUUAUCAAGGCUUAAACGUAUUUUUUUAAAAGUAGGUGGUUUCAAUAGUUUUAACCCUUAAACUUCCAAGAUCGGAUUCGUAAUUCUCCUUUCUGACUGCUAUACACUUUAUUGAAUGUUAAAUAAGAGAAUUUGGGGUUAUGUCAACAUUAGCUUGUUCCAGGUUCUCAGAUAGGAGGAAUUACGUGUAUUCGCACUUUCUCAAUUUCGCGGACCCGACAAUCUAGGAGCCUGGAACAGGCUAUGUCAACAUCACAUCCUCGGGCUGUUAAUUCGCCCAUUCUCACCACCUAUCUGUUGGGCAGUGUAUUGGAUAUUCCAAGGAGAAGUUACAUGCCAAUCACUUCUUGGAGGGUAGAUGCGUGUACGGCUGUGAAUCAAUUCAUACAAUUUAUUUUUUAACCGCUGCAUUGUUUUGUAGUUUAUUUAUAUAAGGGACAUAUGAAUGUCCCGAUUGAAGGCAUGUUCCCAUAUUUAGUUUGUGUACCUGUGUUGUACAAUAAAAAAAUUGCUAUUUAACAAACGUUUUGUCAAAUUUGUGUGGCGUAACUGUACCAACUAU